UUUUGUUGGAGAUAAAAUUUAUUUAUUUAUUUUUGAAUCAAGUAGAAAAGAUUUUGGCAUAUCAAAUCUUGCAUUACUUUUCCUAAUACGAAAAAACAAUCCAUUCCAUUAUAAAUUAUGAUUCGUAUUUCUAAAAUUGAUCCGAUAUUUUGCAGGCACGCCCAGCGAUAGUCGGGAUCGGAACAUCUAAUUCUCUGCACUUCUGAACAUCCGCUUCGAAAGUCCAUCGCUUCAAUACUCUUCCACUGCAACUCAUACUUCGCCACGCUGCUUCCACCACCACUUUCUCAAUAGUCAUGCCACCAGAGCUCCCUGGUUAUUACUAUGAUGUCCAGAAGAACAGGUAUUUCCCUCUCAAAGGCCCAAUUCCUGGUUCUUCUCGCACUUCCUCCUCCUCUUCUUCAGCCCCUCAUCACAAACGAGCUUCUAAGCCCACCCCGAUAGUCGAUUCAUGUUCGAAGGCAGAUUUAAGAGCCGUGAAGCUGAUUCAAGCCAGGGAGUUGUAUGGUGAUGUUAUUGCUUCCAGUAAAGGAAAGUGGAACUUCAAGGAAAAAUUCCAAAAUUUACUGGCAUCCAAACCUGUGGUUUGGAAGUACCGAGGAACUGAUAGAAUGGGGGAUAGUGCUUUGCAAGAAAUACCUAUUAAUGUGCACACCCUGGAGGGUCAAAUGGAAUCUACUGUUCUAUUGACGGGCAAUAUAAGUGGCUCCUUGAGCUUUUUUGGAGUUGGAGAGGGUGAUCAACAUAUUGAGCGUGGAGUAAACUGUUGUCCAGAACUUGUUUGGCCAUUGGCUGGAGAAAACCAAAUGGUUAGAGAAGUUCCUGGAGAUAUUUGGCAACUUUCUGGUGCUUCAUUGCAAAUGUCAUCGAACAUAUCUAGUAUAAAGUUGUUUAAGAAGCGCUUUCCUUUGGUCCAUGAUGAUGUUUCUGAUAUCCAACAUGCACUAAUAAGUACAUUGGGAUCUGAUUCAUCUGGUGGAUCGGUUUAUGUUCUUAAUCUUGUUGAACCGUUGGAUUUUAAUCGAAGCAUUCCUGUCAUUAGACGAAGGAUACACGAGGUUGCUUCUUUCAAUUGUUCCAUCUGGACGGCUGAUUGUGAAUCCAGUGGAGGUAGAGCUGUGAUCGGUACGAACAUGGGAGCUGCUUCAGUUGAUAUGGAAACCAGCAGGAUAUCAUGGAUCUUACAUGGUAAAAGCGACAUUUUUGCGCUACAACUCAUUCAUUCGGAAAAUGUUGUUCUGUGUGGACUUAGAAAUGGCAUGAUUGUGACAAUUGAUACUCGUGAAAGACAGGGAGUAUGUAAAAGACUUGUGAGGCAUAGAAUUCCUUACUUACCCGUAGAUAGAGACUCCAGAACGUCUUCUCAGCAAUGGUAUAAGCUCACUGGGAACAUUUAUCCUUCUUGUACGGUUAAAAUGCCUUCUUCCAUAUCGAGCUUGGUGUCGCUUCAGUUUGAUGACCGAUAUUUUCUGUCAAGCUCCAUGGAUGGAUCGGUAAGACUUUAUGAUCAUCGCCUUAUCCAGAGAGGUGCUGUACAAACCUAUGAUGGGCACGCAAAUUCACAUACUCGUAUACAGCUUGGAGUUGAUCCCACUGAGACGUUUGUUGCAUCUGGUGGAGAAGACUGCAACUUUCGUCUAUGGAAUAUCAAGUCUGGUAAACUUAUCUUUGAGGAUAAGUUUGUUGAUGCUGUCCCCUCAACCAUAUGCUGGCGAAGGGCUGGAAGAGUUCCGAGAGAGCAGAAUGGAUACCUAGGCUGUGGAGAUCAUAGUUCGGGAGCAUGGCUUGGAUCACAAGGAGGACUUCAUUAUGUGAGCUUUCCAAGGUCAUAAGUGAACUUGCACGAGGAUUUCUGGCCAGCUUUUCAAAAUCAUCAUAAUUUCACCUUCAACCAAGUUUUUCUUUUACUUAUAUAUGCUUCACUCAGGAAUGAAAGUUACUCAGCGGAUAGGUCAUCAGCAGCUUUUUUAUUAUUGUUUUUAUUUCUUAUUGCAAGGCCAUCAGCAAUUCAGUUGUUAAUUUACCUUUUCUUCCAAGGCAUUGUAAAUUUUUUGGCAGAAUCAUGUUGGGAUUCAUAGGUUGUAAAUGGAUACAUACAUAUCAAAUUACAUUUUUGCAUUG